AUGCAUCCUGCUAAAUUCACGUCAUGUUGCUGCUUUUAUAACUACAUUUUGAACGCGGUUCUCGGCUUGACUUUCUGCUCAACUGUCCAAUGUCUGAAAGUCCCUCUCUGCUUGCGGAACUGCGCGAUUAUCCACUUCGCUUCUAUUCGCACUGAAGGACUGCCGUUGAGAGCCUUUUUCUCGUCUCUUCUUCCAUUUCCGCUCACUCGAGCCGACAGACUGGCAUGCACUUUCUGUCUGUUAAGAAGCCAGCGAUCAGUUUGCGCGACGCGGCCCGAGAGGCUCUGCUCUGGCAGCGCGCGCCGAAGACGUAGCGUCCCCCUGCCUUGCUCAGCGACUCUUCAUCUGAGGCAUUUUCUCCCGCUAUGCAUGCGAGUGAUGCCAGUGAGUCCUAUUUCAUACCUAGAACGUGAUGUGGAGCAGAAAUGCAGACUGUCAGUGAGUUGA